UCCCCCUUUUCGAAUGCUUCUUAUCCAGAGGUGUUCUUCGGAUAAUUAGGGUUUCUACAAAUUCUUUCUUUGUUCUUCUGCUAGUUUUGAUCUUAGAGAGAGAGAGAGGGGGGUAUGUGGGAAACGAACCUCGAUUUGUUUGAUCCAAGGUCAUCAAUGGAAUCUGAAUGUUCGCCAACAGGCGCUAGCGAUUUUGGGUUUGCCUUUAACGACAGUAAUUUUUCCGAUAGGGUUCUUCGAAUUGAAAUCAUGGUUGAUCCGGCGGAGACUAGGUCUGGUGGAGAGGGUUGUCAUAGCCUAGCCGAUUGGGCUAGGCAACGGAAAAGGAGGAGAGAAGACUUGAAGAAAGACGUUGAUGUGGACAAUGCGGAGUGUCAUGUGGAGGAGAUUUUGAAUUCUACCCAACCUGAUAUUGAUGAAGUGGUUAAAUGUCAAAAUGAGGAUGAUGAAGCUGCUGCAAUGGUUGAAGAAUCAGCUUCAGGAGAUGAAGCUUCAAAUAGUAACGAUUCAAACUGGAGCAUGGAUUCUUCCACAGUUCUCAGAGUUCAAUCCUUACACAUCAGUUCUCCAAUUUUGGCUGCAAAAAGUCCAUUCUUUUAUAAGCUCUUCUCAAAUGGAAUGAGAGAAUCAGAACAACGAUAUGUAAACAUUAGGAUCCAUGCCUCAGAGGAAGUUGCACUUAUGGAUCUCCUGAAUUUCAUGUACAGUAAUACCUUAACGACGAACACUGCUCCUGCUUUGUUGGAUGUGCUGAUGGCGGCAGACAAGUUUGAAGUGGCUUCUUGCAUGAGGUAUUGCAGCAGAUUAUUGCGGAAUUUGCCCAUGACUCCAGAAUCGGCUCUCCUUUAUCUCGAGCUUCCAUCCAAUAUCCUAAUGGCUGAAGCUGUUCUUCCUUUGACUGAUGCAGCCAAACAGUUCCUUGCUGCUCGUUACAAGGAUUUCACCAAGUACCAAGAAGAGGUCAUGAACUUGCCUCUAGCCGGAAUAGAGGCAAUUCUCUCUAGCGACGAUCUCCAGGUGGCAUCAGAAGAUGCAGUCUACGAUUUUGUACUUAAAUGGGCGAGAUCCCAAUACCCAAAACUUGAGGAUCGUAGAGAAGUACUCGGAUCUCCUCUAGUCCGCUGUAUCCGCUUCCCUUACAUGACAUGCAGAAAGCUAAAGAAGGUUUUAACCUGCAACGAUUUCGAACACGAGCUAGCAUCAAAAGUUGUUCUAGAAGCUCUCUUUUUCAAGGCAGAAGCGCCUCAUCGUCAGAGAACUCUUGCAGCUGAAGAAUUGUCCAGCCGUCGAUUCAUCGAGCGAGCGUACAAAUACAGACCUGUUAAGGUAGUGGAGUUUGAGCUUCCACAUCAGCAGUGCGUUGUAUACCUUGAUCUGAAACGAGAGGAAUGUGUAAAUCUUUUUCCUUCAGGUCGUUUGUACUCGCAGGCUUUCCAUCUUGGGGGACAAGGGUUCUUUCUCUCUGCUCAUUGCAAUAUGGACCAGCAGAGCUCGUUUCAUUGCUUUGGGCUUUUUCUGGGGAUGCAGGAAAAAGGGAUGGUUACUUUUGCGGUUGACUAUGAAUUUGCUGCGAGAUCGAAGCCUACGGACGAGUAUAUGAGUAAAUAUAAAGGUACUUAUACCUUCACGGGAGGGAAGGCGGUUGGGUAUAGGAACUUGUUUGCGAUGCCUUGGACUUCGUUUAUAGCGGAGGAUAGUCCUUACUUUAUUAAUGGAGUACUUCAUCUUAGGGCUGAGCUCACUAUAAAACAGUGAGUGGUGGAUACGACAUCAUUAAAGGUAAUGAAAAAGGGUUUUAAAAAAAACCCACCUUGUAGAAGAAAAAAGUUAUUUCCACAAAAUGUUGCUGCUGACAAAUGAUGUCUGCUUCAGUUUCAGGAUUGUUAUUGUUGUUGUUGCCCAGGACAGAACAGGAAAUAUUAAAAAAAUUGUAUGUAAAAUUGUUGGUCUCAUUCGCUUAGGGUUUCACUUGCAUUUUCAAUAUGUUGUACAAAAUGGGCCUCGUUUCAGAAUUUUAAUUUUGAGGUAUUAAUAUUUGGCCAU